AGGGAUUCUAUAUUCUGUGGUAGCAAUAAAAAAAAAUUAUAAAUUAUAUCCCUGUGGGCUGUGGUGACAAUAUUUUUUUUUAUUUACGGAAAACUUAUUAAACGCUCAAUGAUUUGUCCAGAUUUUUUAGAAUUUCAGGAUGUCCUGAAAAAGAUGCGCGUACUUGAUGACAAAAUAGUUUACACUUUAAAUACAUCUUUACCAACAGAAUCAUUUAAAAGUAAAAUAGACCCAACAUUGGUUUGUCAAGACUUAUUUCAUCAGAUAGAAAAAGGACACAGUGAGAGGGAAAAUGUUAUAAAAAACUGCAUAAUGUCAACUGCUGAAUCUGUAAAGAAAUUAAAGGCGGCAAAGGAGAGUACGCCUGAUGACAUAGAUGUGCUGAGGAAUCUUAAGUCUGAACAAAGGAAGUUACGCCUGCUGCAAACUGAACUCAGCGUGGAAGAAGUAAUCAAAGAAAAGACAACAAAGCUAUUUAAAGAAAAAUGUAGAACAUAUUAUAAACCGAAUAACUUAUGAAGACUGAUAAUGCAUUUGAAUGUGGUAGGGUUUGUGUAUAUAAAUAGUUAGUCCCAGUUU